AUGAAUGGAGCAGUAGAGGUUGCAAAUAAGAACUUGAAGAAAAUAAUCCGUAAGAUGAUUGAGAGACACCGUGAUUGGCACGAGAAGGUCCCUUAUGCAUUAAUGGCAUAUAGAACUGCUAUUCGGACUUCUACUGGGGCAACUCCCUAUAAUCUCACGUAUGGAAUGGAAGCAGUUUUGCCAGCCGAAGUCAAAAUCCCUUCUUUGUGCAUUUUAAUGGAGGCCAAACUGGAGGAGGCUGAGUGGAUUCAACAACGUCAUGAGCAGUUGUCUUUAAUUGAUGAGAAAAGGUUAAAUGCCAUUUGUCAUGGUCAAUGUUAUCAAAAGAGGGUAGCCCGUGCUUACAAUAAGAAGGUCAGACCACGAAUAUUCACAGAAGGAGAUAAAGUGUUGAAACACAUUUUGCCAGUACAAGAGGAAGCUAAGGGGAAAUUUGCGCCAAAUUGGCAAGGCCCUUUUAUUGUCCAGAAAAUUUUGUCCGGGGGAGCGCUCAUUCUUGCAGAAAUGGAUGGGACAAUUUCUAAUCAAGUGGCACAUGAUGUCAAAAACAUCUUCACCUAUUUUGCAAGGAAAGAAUUGUUAUACUGA